AAGGGGACAUGCAUUUGAGCAAACUAUAGGAGAUAGUGAAGGACAGCGAGGCCUGAAGUGCUGCAGUUCAUGAAGUCGCAAAGAGUCAGACACGACUUAACCGACUGAACAAUAACAAGCUUUCAAGAAAUGUACUGUGCCUUUUCUGGGACAGAACGCGGCGGCAGCUAUGGCCUUCUGCGCAUGUGCGCUCCAUCCUCCCCCUCCUCUCCCUGCUAGCCUGCAGGUUCCGGUCUGCAGCUGCAGUCUCGCGAGGAGAUGAUUCCGGAGCUUCUGGCGUCUGGACCCGACCAUUGAGCAGGACGCUUCGGUGGAGCCCUGCAGAGUUGAGACUGGCGACCGGGGGUCAGGUGAAGGAGGAAACGGCUUUGUCUUCAGACUCGGUGUGACUCUGACUCCUAGUGAGGACCAGCACGUCCCAGCGCUUGUUACCAGGUGUACUGUCUCAGCUCUCUACAUUCCUCCAGCAGCAACAGAAAAUGAUCACAUCGCAGAUUGAGCCAAAGUGUGGUUUUCUAGGGAUCAUUGUCAUUCAGGGAUGUGACUGUGGGCUUCACUCAGGAGGAGUGGCAACACCUGGACCCAGCUCAGAGGAUGCUGUACAGGGACGUGAUGCUGGAGAACUACAGCCACCUCAUCUCAGUGGGGUACUGUAUCCCUAAGCCAGAAGUGAUCCUCAAAUUGGAGCAAGGAGAGGAGCCAUGGAUAUUAGCGGAAGAGUACUCAAGGCAGAGUGUCCCAGUAAAACAUCUUUGAACCACCAAAUCCCUCUGCCUAACACACCAGGACACCAGAGAGUCCAUACAUCUAAAGAAUUAAUUAACAGCAGUAGAAACUAUGCAAGAAAGAAGUUUGAGUUUAACAAAAGUAGAAAAUGGUUCCAUGAUGACAAGCAUGAAAGAAUUCAUUAUGGAGAGAAGUCUUAUGAAUAUAAUAAAAAUGAGAAUGGCCUCUGUCUUAAUGAAGAGUCUGUUCAGCAUCAAAAAAUUCAAAUUUUGGAGCAACCUUUUGAAUACAAUGAAUGUAGGAAAGCUUUCCAUGCGAAUUCACUCUUUGUUAAAUGUAAGAAACCUUACACAGGACAGAACACCUGUGAAUACAAUGAAAACAGAAAAACCUGUGAUUUGUCACCUUUCAUUGCUCAAAGAACACAUCCAAAAGAGAAUCACUACGAAUUUAAUGAAUGUGGAGAAACUUUCUUUGAAGACUCCAUUCUCUUUGAACAUAGUGUUCACCCUUUGAGCCAAAAGUCAGACCUGACUCCAAUUCAAAGGACCCACUCAGUUGACAGUGUAAUUGAAUAUAAUGAAUGUGGAACCUUUUUCAAUGAAAACUUAGUCUUUGGUGCACAACAGAGCAUGCACACCAGAGAAAAACCCUAUGAAUGUCAUGAAUGUGGAAAAACAUUCAACCAGAAGUCAGCCCACAUAAGACAUCAGAGAACCCACACAGGGGAGAAAUCCUAUGAAUGUCAUGAAUGUGGGAAAAGUUUCUACAAGAAUUCAGACCUCAUUAAACAUCAGAGAAUUCAUACAGGGGAGAAACCUUAUGAAUGUCACGAAUGUGGGAAAUCCUUCAGUGAAAAGUCAACCCUCACCCAACACCAUAGAACACACACAGGGGAGAAACCAUAUGAAUGUCAUGAAUGUGGGAAGGCCUUCUCAUUUAAGUCAGUUCUUACUGUACAUCAGAAGACACACACAGGGGAGAAGCCCUAUGAAUGUUAUGAAUGUGGGAAGGCCUUCCUAAGAAAAUCAGACCUCGUUAAACAUCAAAGAACUCACACAGGAGAAAAACCUUAUGAAUGUAGUGAAUGUGGGAAAUCUUUCUCUGAGAAGUCAACUCUCACUAAACAUUUGAGAACUCAUACAGGUGAGAAGCCCUAUGAAUGUAUUGAAUGUGGAAAAUUUUUCUGCUAUUACUCAGGUUUCACAGAACAUCAGAGGAGACACACAGGAGAGAAACCUUUUGGAUGUAAUGAAUGUGGGAAAAAUUUCCGUCAGAAGUCAGCUCUAAUUGUUCAUCAGAGAACUCAUGUAAGACAGAAACCCUAUGAAUGUAAUGAAUGUGGAAAAUCAUUCUGUGUGAAGUCAAAACUCAUUGCACAUCACAGAACACACACAGGGGAGAAACCCUAUGAAUGUAGUGUUUGCAGAAAAUCAUUUUAUGUGAAGUCAAAACUUACUGUACAUCAGAGAAUACAUUUGGGAAGAAACCCUAUAGGUAUAAUAAAUGAGGGAAAUCACUCUGGGUGAAGUCAACAGUUUAUAGAACAGAGAACACCAAAUGGGGAGAAAACUCUGUUAAGAUUUCGAGAACACCUUUGGUCUAAAGUCAGUUCUUAAAA